CGGAGGCAGGCCUUGUCCACUAGGUGGCACCGCCCACCUGAAGGCGGGACUGGCGCGUACGCGGGCGUAGGGCCCUGCCGGAAGCUGGUAGGCGGCGAAGCAGCCGGGCACGCGCAGGUCGGAGCAGGUGGGCGCAGAAUGGCAAAACAGAAGAGAAAAGUUUCUGAAGUGAAAGGAAAAAAGAACAAAAAACGGAAGAAGACUUCAGCAGAAGAGAUAGUGCAGGCUCUGGAAGCCAAGUCAGAGGAGGAGGAAGCUGGCCCCAAGGGAGAAGGAAGAUGCGAGGUGGGGAAAGAUGUGGUCCCUGAACUGUCUCCUGAGGAGAGAAGGGUCCUAGAAAGGAAGCUGAAGAAGGAACGGAAGAAAGAAGAGAAGAAACGCAUGCGGGAGGCAGGCAUCUCCGCAGCCCAGAGCCUGCAGGCCAAGCGCUCAGGGGCCGAGUUGGCCCUGGACUACCUCUGUGGAUGGGCCCAAAAGCAUGAAAACUGGAGAUUUCAGAAGACAAGGCAGACAUGGCUCCUGCUGCACAUGUAUGAUGGCGACAAGGUUCCUGAUGAGCACUUUCCCACCCUACUGGCCUACUUGGAGGGGCUGCAGGGCAGGGCCCGUGAGCUGACAGUGCAGAAGGCCGAAGCAUUGAUGAAGGAGCUGGAUGAGGCAGGCUCAGACGCCCUCCUGCUGGGAAAGGUCCAGCGCAUCCGGCAGGUGCUGCAGCUGCUCUCCUAGUGGGCAGGUGGCAGGCGGAGAUCAGUGCCCAGCUUGGGGCUAUCCUUAGACCACUCAGGAUGCAGGUGACCACCACCUCUCAGCAGUGGGGACCAGGGGACCCAACAGGCAGUGCACAGGGUUACCAAUAGGUCAGCAGCUGAGCAGGGGCUGGGAGUGUCUGAGUUCUAGACCUAUGUCUCUUCCUGAACACCAGAACCUUGAACAGACCCCCAGACCCGUAAAAGGACCCUCACUCUCCCCUCCCGAGAUCCUUGACCAGAAACUGUCUUUAUAGAUCAUGGUGAAUUUUGAUGCUAAAUGACCCAGGGAUACCAGGAAGCUGCUUUUGAGGGAAUGUCUAUUUUUCUACCAGAAAUAUUUAGGAGUUGUCCAGUGCUGGGCUCUGUCAAUAGGACAGGGGUUCUUCAGCUGGGCCCCGCACAUUUCAUCUAGCUGUCCCCAGUGUGGUCAUCUGUCACUGGUCACCUGCCUGCAUUUGAGGACCCAGCCAUGGCAAGUCCGUCUCUCACCUCCUUGAACCACACCCACAACCUUGUUGCCAGUUCCAGGUCGAGCCCUACUGGGGUCUGUGGUGUUGGGCCACUCCCUGUACACAGAAAUAGACUUUGUUUUCAAUAAAUCAUACCCACAAUGGGGUGGGCCUUUGU